AUGGGGGCGGCGGGCGUGCAGGCGGACGUGCCGUGCUGGCAGGCCCGUCUGCGCUGCCUGGGGGCUCUCAGCCGCGUCGCAGGCGCGUCGCACGCGCUGCUGGCAGAGGCGGCAGCAGCGGGCACGGCCAUGGAGCGCCACCCCGACCUGCUGCGUGCACUGCUGAGGGAGUGCCAGCGGGCCAAUGACAGUGACGGGGCAGCCUUUGUGCGCAACAUGCUCGCCAUGUCCCAGCGACACUCUUAG